AUGGCGUCUAGUAUCUUAGGGAUACUAAAACAAGUUUGGUCUCCGUAUCUUCGUACUUCAUGUUCCACAUAUUUUGUCACAAUUUACAUUCCAUUUGCAGAGACACGAAGUCGUGCCAAAGAUGAUAUCAAGCGGGUAAUGCAAGUUGUCGACAAAGUGCGACAUUGGGAAAAGAAAUGGGUCACCAUAGGUGAAACGACGAUGAAAAUCUACAAAUGGGUUCCUAUAUCUACACUUGAGCAGAAAAAAAAAGGAAAAGUUAUUGGUGACAAAGAGAACAGUUUAGCUAGAAAAGCUGGUAUGGAUUCCUCAAACUCAAAUUUCGGUCUUGCGGAGGACUCUAAUACCUGUUUUUCAACCGUGAGUGACUCACAGGGACUGACAGAUUUCUCCGCACAUCUUGGUUUCUCCGAAGACUCAAAUUCGCAGAACAGCGAGCCAACGCCUAAGAGAUUGAAGACUGAUUAAGUUUUAUUCAGGUACACGAUUAUCAAAUAUUCAAGCAAAAUUGACUUUGCAUUAAGUUAUAUACUCUAACCUUUUAAAAGUGUGCAAAAAGUUUGUCCAUUCUACCGCAUACUUGUAAAUCUCGGCAAGUGUUGUAUUACUGAACGAUAAUAAAGGUUUGAUCAUA